UUGAUUUUAUAUUUUGAGCGUGUAUUCUUCCUAGGCACUUUUUGAUAAACGCAUUAAGCAUACGACAGCAAAAAUCUCCGAUGUUAUGACAUCGGAAGGAUCAUCAUCCAUCAAAAAAAAGUGUAUCCAAUACAUUCAUCACAUGCUAUUUAGAAUGUCUUGUUUAUCGAAAAGUUUAUUCUGGUUCGGUGGUAUUGGUGCAUCAUUGAUUCUUGCUUAUGGUUCAAUUUAUUUAUUCUUUGCUAAUCGUGAUGACGAUGAAGAUGAUUUUGAUGAUGAUGAUCAAUUUAAAUUCAAUAAAACUGGUCAUGUAAAUGAUAAAGAUCAAUCAAAUAAGCUUUUCGUGCAUAUUGAUAAUGGAUCAGAUACAAUGUCGGAUGAUUCAUCAAUUGAAAUUAUUUUGCUUUAUAAACGUGUUCCAAAUUCGGUAUUCGAACAGAAUGAUUGUUUCAUACAGAUUCAAUAUCAAACUGAUACGAAAAUUAAAGAAGAAAAAAUUAUUGAUAAUUCAUUCGAAAGCGACACUGAACAAGAAUCGAUUGGUGGUACAACGGUCAAAUAUCGAAAUAUUUCAAUACAAGGAUUCCAUAAAAAUGUUAUGCAAGCAUCACGUCGUAUUGAUCAACUAGUCAGAUCCGUCCCUCCAAUUGAAUGUACAAAAUUCGAAAUUCUAUCAACUAAAUUGCCAUUAAUAAUGGGAGUGAAUGGCAGUACGAUUAAAUCGUUGACAAAAUGUUCUGGAGCUGAAAUUCGAAUCAAUCAACCUGCUUAUAAUAAACAAUUUAUCACUGUUGAUAUUUAUGGAACUCGUGAUCAAAUUAAAAUGGCAUAUAAUCUUAUCGAAGAAUUGUUGGAUCAAGAACGACGAUUUCAUCGACAACAAUCGACAUCUGAUCAAAUUCAAAUAAUCAACCUUGAUGAUGACGGGGAUUAUGAUAUGCUCAAAUCAUUCGAAACAUUUGAAUUGUCCAGUGAUUUAGCCAUUAUGGGCGAUAAUCAUCCCCAAUAUAUUCAACAACAACAGCUAACAACCAAUGAUUCAUCAUUAGAGACAUUCAUUCAACAUCGAACAUCAUUAUCAAUGGAACGAAUUUCCUAUAUGACUGAAUCAUUGGAUGUGAUCGAUGAUCAUGAUCGUUCAAUUUCGCCAUCAAUAUUGCCACCAGUUCAAGUGUUUGUUUCAUAUAUCGAUAAUCCUAGCUCAUUCUAUGUGCAAAUCAAUGAAAAUAGGCGUAGCAUCCGUCUUGAUGAAUUGAUGGAAAAAAUGAAAAAAUUUUAUUCAAAUAUCGAGAAUCAAUUAGCAUGUCGAUGUGAUCGUCGUACGUUGAAAAUAAACGAUAUUGUCGCAAUAAAAGUUGACGAUGAUAAUUCAGCUGAAAAAUUUUAUCGUGGUUAUAUCAUAGAUUGUUUGGAUGGGGAAAAAUUUUCAGUAUUCUAUGGUGAUUUUGGAAUCACUGCUCAACAUUCGGCAAAUUCUUUGUUCUAUUUAAAUGAUAAUUUUCUCACUCGAUUACCAUUUCAAGCUAUUCGAUGUUCACUUAAUGAUAUUGAUCACAUAUCUCCAAACGAAUGGUCUGCCGAAGAAAUUAAAUAUUUUCGUGAAUUAACACGUGAAGGUUUAUGGGAAUCGGUCAUCAGUAUUCGAUGCCAUGAAUAUCGUAACGACAAUAAUAAUGAUGGACGGCGAAUAUUUCUGGUAGAAAUGUUCAGUAAACUACCUCAUCAAUUGAUGACAAAAAAUGUUGGAAAGAAAUUGUUGCAAUUACUUAAUCGACGAAAAAAAAGUAUUCAACUCAAUGUAUGAAUAAUGGAAUAAUACCCGUACCAAAAAAUACAAAAAAAUCGUUCAAAUCCUUGAAUUAAUUGUGAUAUAUUAGGAUACUUGACUCGAAUUUUUUUUCGUGACUUUUUUCAAUCUUAUUAUCUUGUUUAACUUAAUUUUCUCUAAUUAUUUGAUUGAUAUUUUUGUGAUAAAAUAAUU